AACCAUGCCAGAGUAUUUGCAGAGACGGUUUGGUGGCAAAAGGAUUCAGAUCUUCCUUGCAAUUCUCUACUUGUUUAUCUAUAUAUUCACCAAAAUUUCAGUAAGUAAGGAGACGAGAGGAGACAGAACAGAACUGGCUUGGAAAGAGUUGACAUGUAUGCUGGGGCUCUCUUCAUCCAACAGGCCUUGCACUGGGACCUCUACAUAGCAGUCAUUGGUUUGCUGGUCAUCACUGCAAUUUACACUGUGGCAGGUGGCUUGGCAGCAGUGAUUUACACGGACACCCUGCAGACGGUUAUCAUGUUGGCUGGCGCACUCACCCUGAUGGGCUUCAGCUUUGCCAAAGUCGGAGGCCUUGAGGACCUGAAGAACAGAUACUUCAAAGCCAUUGCAAGCAACCACUAUGGAAACACCAGCUGCGGCUUGCCAAGACAGGAUGCCUUCCACAUAUUCCGGGACCCUGUCACAUCUGACUUUCCCUGGCCAGGAAUCCUAGUGGGAAUGACCAUCCCGUCUUUGUGGUACUGGUGCACUGACCAGGUCAUCGUCCAACGAUCUCUGGCAGCGAAGUCUCUCUCUCAUGCCAAGGGUGGUGCCCUGCUGGCGUCCUACUUGAAGAUCCUGCCCCUCUUCAUGAUGGUCCUGCCUGGCAUGAUCAGCCGCAUCCUCUUUCCAGAUCUAGUGGCUUGUGCUGACCCCAAAUCCUGUAAAGAGAUCUGUGGCAAUCCAUCUGGAUGUUCAGAUAUUGCGUACCCCAAACUUGUCAUCGAGCUUCUGCCACUGGGACUAAGAGGGCUUAUGAUGUCGGUCAUGAUCGCAGCGCUGAUGUCCUCUUUGACUUCCAUCUUCAACAGUGCAAGCACCAUUUUCACCAUGGAUCUUUGGCGACAUCUUCGACCUCUGUCUUCUGAAUGGGAGCUCAUGAUUGUUGGCAGGGUGUUUGUUCUGCUCCUUGUCGUCAUUUCCAUUCUGUGGAUCCCGCUGGUGCAGGCCAGCCAAGGUGGGCAGCUCUUCAUCUACAUCCAGACCAUCAGCUCUUACCUGCAGCCUCCGGUGGCCAUCGUGUUUAUCCUCGGAUGCUUCUGGAAGCGGACAAACGAGAAGGGGGCAUUUUGUGGCCUGUUGGUCGGCAUGGUGAUAGGCCUGAUCCGGAUGGUUUUGGAUUUCGUCUACCUGCAGCCGGGCUGUGGGGAGUCAGAUGACCGGCCAGCUGUGGUGAAAUACGUGCAUUAUCUCUAUUUCUCUAUGAUUCUGGGAGUGAUCACACUCAUCGUAGUGGUGGCUGUCAGCCUCUUGACGGAACCCCCUCUGGAGGAAAUGAUCAGCCGCCUCACUUGGUUUACCCGCAAGGAUGUUCCAAGAAAACAGGAAGUACCAAUUGCAUCGUUAUCCAUCCCAGUCAAAGGAAUCCAUGAGGCUGGUCCUUCUCCCGCGGGGCAGCUGGAAAUCGCGGAUGGCCCAGAAAACACUUGCAAAAACCGCUCAGGUCCUUUGGACACAGAGAAGACAGAGAAGAAAUCUAAAUUCAUGAGCCUCUUUUUGUGGGUCUGUGGGAUGGAGAGCAGAGAUAAUAAGGACUCACCCGGGACGGCUGCUGAACCCAAAGCUGGAGUCACGGCCACGGCUACCCUUGACGAGCCACCUCUGGUGAAGCACAUCCUCAACAUCAACCUGAUCUUGUGCAUCAGCGCCGGAGUCUUCCUCUGGGCCUACUUUGCAUAGCAUCGGACCCUUCCAGCCAUUGCAGAGACGCUCUUAAGUGCUUUGGGGCUUCCAUGCCUGGGGAUGCCAUCAAGAACAAGGAGCAUCAAAGAGAAGAUGACGUGGCGAUCCUGCACAUUAUACGGUUUUUUUGUAUCCCAUAAGAAAAAAUGGUAGAAUUAUGUGAAGAAUUCUGCCUUGGCUGGGUCAGGGCAGUGAAGGAAAGACAAAGCCCUUUGUUGUAAACGUUGCACGUUCAGUGCAUGUAAAAACAAAACAAAACCAGUUUUGCACUUUUGACUGUUUUAUUUCCCACGGAUGCUCUUGGAUCAGAAUCAAAAACAAACAGCAUUCGUGAAGCUCU